AUGUCAAGAGUCGCUUCCGACCGUGCUACUAAGCGGUCCAUAUCGUCGACGAUUGUAAGCUUUUUCAAAAAGGACAAGACGGGUGAAGAAGCGUGGUCCGUCGAAGAAACCGCACCGCUCUCGCCCGAGCUCGAACCGCAGCCCAACGACUCCGACAACUCCAAAAUGGCUGAGCUGAUUCUCUAUGAGUCAGAAGCCGAUACGCGGCCCCUCUUACUGCCGAUUCUUCCGCUUCAACGCCUUAGGAUGCUACGCUACAAACAACAUCUGCGCCGUUUGCAGUAUAACUUGCAAGAACCUUUCCUUCGGGACUUUUCGGGCUCACCGCAGUUGUCUCCUCCUCCUAAAAAGUUACAGCUCCAAUCUCUCAAAGUAAGAAAGCCUGCCAAAGCUCUGCAAAAGAAAAGCGUACUGGGAAAACGCUGGAGCGGUGAUCUCGAGUACGACCUGUCCGAAUAUGACGUGAUCAAGAAACCAAAGAAGGCCUCAUCUCUGAAAACAGAAACUCCCUCCAUAGAAUCUCCAGGAUUAGCCCAUGCAAUUUUAAAGAGACCCGGAAUCUCGAGCAGGCAUGGUUCAGGCGAUAAUCUCACAGAGAAUCAGCUAAAAUUGCUCAGCGGGAAGCCUAUGGUGAGCCUUGUCCCCAAGAGCAAUGUCAAGCCAACAGAAGUCGCAAACAUCAAGGACGCUGAGACACCACGGAAAUUAGCAGCUUUGCCCAGUGUAGGGUUCGAUUUCGUAAAGAAUACAGAAAACGAUUCCAAAUUGGCCGCUGCAGCAGCUGACUCAAAUGCUUCUCCUUCUACAUCUAACAAAAGGAAAUUGACACUCAGCUUUGAACCCACUCAAUCGACUGGAUCGAAUGAAUCGCAAAAAGUAUCCUUUAACUUGAAGGCCGAUACCCCCAAUCAAGACGCGACUAAACCAAAGGCAACCGUUCCGUCUUUCAAUUUUAGCGCACCUAAAUCAGAUGAAAUCGAAGCGAAACCGCCUGCUUUUUCAUUUGGAACUUCCAAGAUAUCCCCAAAUCCUACGACCUUGGGAGAUUCCAAACCUUUGAAUGACGUCAAGGAAAAAAAACCAUUCAGCUUCUCGUCAUCAACAAAAGAAAAUUCCAAUGACAGUAAGCCUUCCUUUACGUUUGGAACUUCAAACCUUGCAGAAAAUAAGCAAUCGGCUAAAAAAACCACCGCUGAACCAGGUGAAAAAUCUGAAAAGAAAACUCCUAGUUUCGUUUUUGGGAAGCCUUCAGAAAAUGCAACUGCGUCAACCAAACCCUUGUCGUUACCUUUUGGCGCUGCCGCUCAGGGGGACACCCAAAAUGGCGAGCCGGAAAGCAUUUCGAUCGGAAAGAAUAAUGAGACAAAUUCCAAACCUAUGGACUCAGAAAGCAAGGCAACUUUCGCGUUCGAUACAAAAUCUACUAAAAAUACAUCUGAUGACCAUACUGCUACAAACAAGCCAAUCAAGUUCAAUUUUGCGAAUCCUUCAGUUGCUACCACCAAUGAGACCAAGUCUCAAGUCUCUUUCAGUGCAUCUGAUAAGUCGGAACCCAGCGAGACAACAAAUACUAAAAAUACACAAGCAAAACCGCUUUUUUCGUUCGGCAACUCUGGUGGAGUUUCAGAAACUGCAACAUCAAAUCCAUCGCUCAUUUUUGGAGCCAAAGAUUCGUCUACCAAGGAUAGUAACGAAAAACCUGUUUUCUCUUUUGGGGCAAAGGAAUCAUCAUCGAAAGACGAUAGUAGCAAGCCUAUUUUUGCCUUCGGAGGGUCCCAACCAUCAAACUCAUCCUCAGAUUCAAAACCUGCAUUUUCUUUUGGCACUACAGAGAAUAAGAAAGAUGAAGGAGCAAAAGAAGCUCCAUCCGAAACAAAGUUAUCUCAACCUUCAUCCUUAACUCCAGCGUUUUCUUUUGGUGGCACAGCUGAUAAAAAGGAACCCACUCCUGUUUCCUUUGGGGCCCCUAGCACAACUAAUCAAACUUCAGGGGCAAAGACGGCAGAGACGGGAUUCAAGUUUGAUACGUCCGGUUUGAAAUCUAAUGCCACAGCAUCGAAACCAUCGUUUACCUUUGGUGCGAAUACGAGUGCUCCGGCUACAGCUAACGCCUCGAGUGCCGCACCUGCGGCGAAAGCUCCCUUCACAUUUGGCACGUCACCAUCCCCAGCGUUUGGUGCUCCAAAUCCUCAACAAGCAACUUCUGGUUUUAACUUUAAUUUUGCAAACGGCAGUCAGCAGCCGCCUGCUAACACUGGUCUGUUCGGUUCAGCAUCCACUACAAGUAAUAACUCCCCCGCUUUUGGUUCGACUACAAACAAUCCACCGGUGAAUUUCAAUUUUGGUGGUGGAAAUACAACAGCAUCUUCGACUCCACCUCCCUUUGGUAAUGCACCAACCCCUUCAUUCUCUGGUCCAAACGCCCAGAGCAGACCGUUCAGCCCGUCCCAUUCUGUAAAUUUGAAUUUUGGGGGUCCAGCGUCUCAGACGCCCAGCACAAUUUUUGGUGCUGGUGCAAGUGCUCCUCCCGCCCAAAUAUUCGGUGGCCAGCCUCAGAAUGCAAUGGCAGGUUUUGGAAAUCAACCACAAAAUGCUGCGCAAGUGUUUAACGGCGCUGCUCCCGCCCCUGGGCCCCAGAUGCCUAUGCAACUUCCCCCAGGAAGGAAACUUGCUAGAAUGAGGGCUAGGCGGGGGUGA